AUGUCGUGUACAAGGAGUUAUCGCUUUGUGGCAAGUUAUCUUCCUGAAUCUCAUCCAGUAUACUACAAUCCAAUAUCUGACUACCGUCGGCAGCCUUUGGUGCCAUUAGAAGAAGCUGUGAAAGAUCUUGUUUCAUUCGUACCUGGUGUCGAGGGUUAUGCUGCUCAAGCUAAGAAAAACUGCAAAAAUGAUCCUCCACUGUCAAGAAAUGAAUCAGCAGCAAUCUAUCUUUAUACAAAGGAAAAACUUUUCUUCGAAAGGUUGAACGAUGUACUUCGACUUGAGUAUCCAGAUGCAUUAAAACCGUGGUUUCCUUUCUUAAAAUUGUUCAUGAUCGCUCUUCAAAAAUUGCCACCAUGUCAGAUUAAACUAUGGCGAGGUGUAGCAGACAUAACGAAUUCGAACUUCAAAGAGCGUGAUGUACACACUUGGUGGAGUGUGACUUCAUGCACAUUACAUCUCAAUGUUGCUGGGGUGUUUGCAGACCAGAGGGGCACUCUAUUCUGUAUUGAUGCUAUUUAUGGUAGAAACAUUGCUCAGUAUUCAGCGUUUCCAAAAGAAGAAGAAAUCGUUCUUAUGCCUGGAACAUUGUUGCGUGUUAAGGGCGCACGAUCUGACACGAAUGGCCUCUCCAUCGUAGAUUUGGAAGAAUGCCCUAAAAUUUCGCAAGGAAAACAUGUCAUGUUGUCUUACACUUCGAUCAAUCAAGAUAUCGUGUCAAAAAUCGCGGAUAUUCUCAAAGGCGAAAAUAUUCCAGUGUGGUUUGAUAGUAACAGUGACAUGAAAAAUGAUAUGUAUGAAAGCCUGGCUAAUGGAGUCGAAAACGCUGCAGCUGCCUGCUGUUUUCUGACGUCGGACUAUGAACAAUCCUUGAGCUGCCAAAGUGAAUUACAAUAUGCACAAAAGCGACAGAAACCAAUCAUUCCUUGUAUGCUCACUAGUACAACUGCUUGGAAGCCUUCGGGUUGGUUGGAAUCGAUUACUACGACACUCACAUGCAUAGACUUCCAACACAUCACUGAAUCUAAUAUCGAUGCCAAGGUGAUGGAAUUAAUUGAUCAAAUAGAGGGCCAAAUCGCAGAAAAGCAAAAUCGACGAAUACAACCAAUCGAAGAGCCAAUUUAUCUGUUUGAAUUGAUUAAGUUGCAUUACAAACAAAACAGUCGUAUAGAACGCUUAAUAAAUCCGGCUGAGUCUUUUCCGAUUGACGAAAGUUAUAUUAACUUGACUAUCGUGGAUUCGAAAGAACAACAGGAAAAAGAAAAAAAACUUGGUGAUGUUAAUCAACAAGAGAUGAUAAUGGGGACCUACGAAGAUAUCUAUGGUGUCAAAACACGAAUCAAUGUCGAAGAUAUGUUCAAAACAUGCAAGGAACCAGGAAAGAAAGUACUUGUAUUUGGUCGAGCUGGAAUUGGUAAGACCACCUUGUGUCGUUAUAUUGCUCAUCAAUGGGCAACGGAUGCUCUUUGGCCAGAAUAUAAUUUAGUUGCUUUAGUUAGCUUACGGUCUUUAACCGAGAAUCGUUAUUCUCCACUGUCACCUGGCAUAGGUUACUCUUUAGUUGACAUUGUGGCGAGGGAAUGCCUUAGUCGUGAUCUUUCUGAAGAAGAUAAAAGCCUUCUCAAAGACCUAUUGAAUAAAAGUAAAGUGCUAUGGCUGUUGGAUGGGUACGAUGAAAUCAUACAAAAUGUACCAUCACAUCUACAACUUAUAUUCGAACAGUUACUCAACACUCCACAUCACAUUGUGACAUCGCGUUCAUACUUCAAUACUUUAUCUCACUCUGUGCGAGUGGAGAUUGUCGAAUUUACCGAUAAAAAUAUUAGUAAAUAUGUAGACCAAUUCUUCCAUCAGCUGCGUAAUAAAUUGCCCGAUGCAUCAUCUGAAGGACAAAAAGUACUGAAUUUCUUAAGGCUCAAUCCCAGAAUUUGGGGUAUUGCGCAUAUUCCAGUGAAUUUGGAACUGAUUUGCAGUAUUUGGACUGAAACG